CGGGUGAGGUGCGCAGUUCAGGUAGAAGAUAUUUUUUCUCUCGUCUCGGGUGAAACAGGUGUUGAAUUGUGUUAGAAAUGAGUUCGUAUGGAUCACAACCGAGGGCUCCGCCAAUCAGUCGGAGAAGUAGUUCCCGACCAGAUCUUACCACCAUUGGUUAUACCAUACCUCGGAACGACGGUCAGGUUUUCAUGACUAGCAGCAGCUACCAGAUGGACUACAAUGAUGGAGUACAAUACCCGUACUCCUUUUCCAAGACGUCUCUCGGCGGUGGCGGAGGUGGUGGGGGCAUGCAGUCCAUCUCAAUGCAGAGGAAAGUGGACAUUCUCCACAGUCAGUGCAUGGACAACCUGAGGAGGGCUGAAGAACUGCUUACUAUUGGGGCACCUACGGUGGAGGUAGACAGGUGCAUGGUCAGAGCGUCUGAGGGAAUUGAACAUCUCAAACGUUGUUGUGUGGAGCUGAGUAAAGCAGGACUGCCCAAUGAAAUGGCCAUACGGAGUCUGGACCAGUGUCAGGAGCUUCAGGCGAACAUCUAUGGCUCCAUCAGAGGGACCAUAAAGAGGCAGAGCCGUGGCAGUUCCAGCUGGGACGAUUCGGGGAGGAAUGUGAACGACGCGCUGGCCUGGAUAGCUCAGCAGAGGCGUCUUAUUGAGACUGCUCCCUUUGGUGAUGACGCUAUGACCAUUGAUCAGCAGAUGCUCAGCCAUAACAAGUUCCACAGUUCCAUCCAGAGAAGCAUCGAGGUGGACAGAGCCCGUGAUGAGCUGAUGCAGAAGGGAGAUAAAGCUGGCCUCCAUAUGCUUGAGCAGGAAUGGGACAGCCUACAGAAAAUGUCGUUCAACCGCACGACACAUCUGCAGGAACUCCAGAGGAUCAUUGGAGAGAUCUCUAAAGCCAUCAUGUGGGUCAAUGAAAGAGAAGAAGAAGAGCUGGUCUUUGACUGGGGAGACAAAAACAUCGACAUCUACAUUCCUCAGAAACAGGAAAGCUAUUCUAAACUGAUGCGUGAACUAGAGGAGAAAGAGAAAGAACUGAACAAGCUGAAGCAGAGAGUUGACAGCCUACUGAAGAACCAGCACCCAGCCUCCGACAAAAUAGAGGCUUACAUGGACACACUGCAGACCCAGUGGAGCUGGCUGCUGCAGAUCACCAAGUGCAUUGACGUUCACCUUAAGGAAAACGCCGCCUACAGCCAGUUCUUUAAGGAAGCCAACGAGACAUACAGCAAGCUGCAGCGUCUGCAUGGGGUCAUCAGGAAAAGCUUCAUCUGUGACAAGAACACCAGUCUGGAGGACCUCCUGGAGAUGCUGAAAAACCUGGAGAGGGAGAAGGAGAAGAUUGUGGAGAAUAAGAGACAGGUACAGACGCUGGUGAACAAGUCGAAGCAGAUUGUUUGUCUGAAACCCCGCAACCCAGAAGACAAGAGCAGCAACACAGUCAUAGUUCAGGCCCUGUGUGACUUCAAACAAGACCAGAAGGGCAUCCUUAAGGGCAAUGAGGGCAUCCUGAAAGAUAACUCUCAGCGGAGUAAAUGGCAGGUGACUGGGCCUGGAGGACUGGACAUGCUCAUACCAUCUGUCUGUCUCCUGAUUCCACCACCAAACCCCCUCAGCAUUAGCCUGGCUGACAAGAAUGAGAAGUACUACGAGGCUAUCAUGGGCAUCUGGAGCCAGCUCUUUGUCAACAUUAAGAGCUUGAUUUCAUGGCAGUAUUGUCUGAAAGACAUCAAACACAUCAGCUCCCUCACCGUCUCCAUGCUGUCCAACAUGCGUCCGGAGGAGUACAGAAACAUCAUUAAGCGUCUGGAGGCCCACUACCAGGAGUUCCUUCGUAACUCCACCGGCUCCGAGAUGAUCGGCGACGACGACAAACGCACCAUAGAGCAACAGUACACCAAGGCCCAGGACCACUACGACACUUUAGUGCUCCAGUUACCUGCCUACAACAACUCUGUGAAGGUGGAGCCAGCGAAGGCGUCAAUGAAUCAUUCGGAGGUAGAUGGGAGGAAGAAGGAUUCUUCCCUGAGCGUGACACUACUGACAGAGCUGCGUGCUCUCUGGAACAAACUGGAGCAGCGAGAGAGAGAUCUCACCCAGCACCUUCACGUCCCUCUAGGAGACAACAGCAUCCAGGAGUGCUCCCAGAGACUAAUCGUGCUGCAGGGUAUCCAUGGAGAUCUGGACACAGUACGGGAUGAGUACUUGAAGCUGAGGGAAAGGGUGAUGAGACAGCUGGAAGUGGAGAAUGAUCCGGAACAGGCCAAGUACCUGCGUGCUGAACUGGACCUCAUCAACCAGAAACUGGGCAGCCUGCAGAGUUUCUCUGUCGCCUACCUGCAGAGGCUGACUGCUCUGAUGGCAUUGCUCAAGAAUAUGAUGCACGCUGAAGACAUUAUUAAAGUGCACGAGGCUCGACUGACUGAGAAGGAGACUUCCUCCCUGAACCUGCAUGAGGUGGAUGACUAUUGCACUACUCUGAAGCACAUGAAAGCUGAUCUGGAGCAGAAGAGAGAUGUGUUGAAAUCUAUGGAAUCUGACCUGGCCAAGGCAUUGCACUGGAAUAGUCAGAUUGACCACUCGUUCCACCAGUGUGAUGUUGACCUGUCCAAGUAUGCUGAACUGGUGUCACAGAUGUCAGACCGUUGGCGCAGGAUCCAGGCCCAGAUUGAUAGCAGGCUGUGGGACCUGGAGAAGCAGCGGAAACUCUUGCUGCACUUUCAACAGAGCAGCUCUCUGCUCAGCCAGUGGAUCCAGGACGCCCGUCAGCGUCAAGACCUGCUGCAGGCGGCCAAGCCGAAUGACGUGCAGUCCAUAAUGGAGCAUCUUAACAAGCAAAAGAUGCUUCAUAAUGAGAUAAAAGGGAAGAAGGAGAAAGUGGAUGAUGUGCAUAAGGAUGCUGACACUUGUGCUUUAUCUAUCAAGGACUAUGAGCUGCAGCUGGCCUCCUACAGUGCUGGUUUGGAAACCCUGCUUAACAUUCCCAUCAAGAGAACCAUGCUUCAAUCCCCAGCAACUGUUUUGAGACAAGAGGCAGCAGAACUGCAAUCUCAAUACAUAGAGCUCCUGACACGCUCAAGUGACUAUUACAAGUUCCUUGGAGAGAUGCUGAAGAACAUGGAGGAGUUGAAGAUGCGUAACACCAAAAUUGAACUUCUGGAAGAUGAGCUGAAACGCUUGAAGGAGGAACUCGAGGAACGUUCGCAGAAGAACAGGACCCUGGAGGACACUUUGGCCCGUUAUAAACUGGAGUUAACCCAGUCCAAAGAGCAACUCAUAUCCUUGGAGGAGGUUAAGAGGACCAACGCCCUACAGUACAGUACUACCAAAGAAAGCCUUGACAGCACUCAGAACCAACUGAGGGAUCUGAAUGACCAAGUUACCCGACUCACCUACCAAAUCGAAGAGGAGAAGCGUAAGAGGAGGCUGGCUGAGGAACGAUACACUACCCAGCAGGAGGAGUACGAGAUUGUCAUCCGGAAACGUCAGAAAGAACUGGAUGAGCUGAACUGGUCCAAGAUUGACUUUGAGAAGGCGAUCAAGGACAAGGAGCGGGAGAUUGAACGCCUCAAGAUUCAGCUGGAGGAGGAGGCCUCGCGGCGCCGCGCAGCGGAGUCAGAGACCUCUAAGGUAAGAUCCCAGUGCAAUCAGGAGAUUAGUGACCUUAAGCAAACGUACGAAUCUGAGAUCCACGUCACCAAGACCAAUGUGCUUAAGGUUACACAACAAAAAGAGGAGGACACAGCUACUCUCAGAAUGCAGCUAGAGAGGCUUAGUGAUGAGAAGAAAGAUCUUGAGGAGGAGCUUCGGAGACUACGCCUGUCCAUCAACCAGAUGGAGGACACCCAUAGGAAGGCAGAGGAGGAAGUGCAUCAGCAGAGGUCCAAAGGGACAGAGGAAGGUAGGAGGCGGAGAGAACUGGAGGUGGAGAUCCAGGCCCUAAUGCAGCAGAGGAGCGAGAGUGAAUUCAAGUACAAGGAGGAUUUGGCAAAUGCCACCAGGGAACUUGAGGAGAGGAGUCGACAGAUUGCCCAACUGAAACAGAAUCUUGCAGAGGAAACCAGGAGGAGGGCAGCUUCAGAGAGGAAAAACCAUGACUUGGAACAGGCUCAGGCAGAACUGCAGGCCAAACAUACCACCUCUUUGGAGGUUAUUAACCGGUUGAAGGUCUCACAGCAGGAAUCGCAACAGUUCCAGGUGGAAUUAGAGAAUCAAAUGAGUGAGAAAAGCAAGUUGGAACAGAAUGCAGUUAGACUGCAGGUCCGUAUCAAGGACUUGCAGGCCACGGUCAACGAGCUGGAGGCUGAGAUGGAAAAAGAAAAAAAAAAUAGUCAAGAUGAACUUACAAGGAGGAAGAGACUAGAGGCUGAACUGGAGAGAGUAAAUAAGAUGUGCAUGGAGUAUAAGACCACCAUCAGCACACUCAAGAUCCAGCAUGACGAGAAUAGUGCUUCAGGUCGUAGGCAAGAGCAGGAGCUCCGUAGCCUUCAAGAGGCCUUAGACAGAAGCUUGAGUGAGCACAAGACCACUGUGGAGAAUGUGGCUAGGCUGACAGCUGAGCUGAAGGCUCUCCAACAACAGCUCUUGCAAGAACAGGCCCGUGUGCGUGAGCUCACCCAGCGAAACGAAACCUUGUACAAGACCAUCGAGGAGAAGAGUCGUGUGCUGAAUGAGAAUGCCACUGAAAUCGAAAAGCUUCAAAGCCUAACCCAGAACCUGACAAAGGAACGCCUUAGAGUUGAGGAGGAGCUAAGGACUGUUAGACAGGAGAAGGAUGACCUAAAGAGGAGCUUGGACAGCAGUGAAAAUGAGACUGCUGCCCAGAUAUCAGCCUUACAGCUCCAGCUGCAAACUAGCAAUAAGAGGGCAUUAGAACAGCAGGCCCUUAUCAGUGAACUGACUAAGGAGAGGGAAAGAUUACAGGCGGAAAUUUCAAAAAUCCAAAAGCAAGCUCUGGAGACAUCCACGAUGGUUCAUGAGACUCAAACCAGAUACGGUGUGAUUCUGAAAGAGAGGGAUGAACUUCUGGCCAAGCUGAAGCUAAUGGAUCAGGACAAGGGCAAGCAGCAGCGCUGUGAAGAGGAGCUCUGUCGCAUUAAGGUCACCCUGGAGUCAGAGCUGAAGCAGAAGCAGCGCCUGCAGGAAGAGAUGGACAAGCUACGCAGGGACUUCAACUAUUGGAAAAGCCAGUAUGAGGUGAAAGAAGGCGAGGUGAGGCAGUGCGAGGCAGAUAAAGAUAAGUUGGACAGGGACAAGAACUCCCUACGCAUUGAGGUUGAGAGGUUGACCGCAGAGCUAAGGAGUCUGGAGGAGAGAUACAAGAACCGGCUGCAGAGUUCAGAGCUGCAGGUCUCGGAACUGACUCGAAAGAGGGAGGCUCUUGAGAGGGAGCUAAGAAGGCUGCAGCAACGUCCAGACAGCUUCUCCAAGCAGACCCAGACUGAAGAGAAAGUGAUCAUGGUUGACCCUUCGAAGCUUCUUUUUGAUGGUGUGAGACAUAAAGUUACAGCUCAACAACUCUGUGACUGUGGAAUCAUUAAUAGAGCCACACUUGAUAAGCUACUGAAGGGCCAGAUGACAGUGGAUGAGGUUGCUAUAGACAUUCAGGUUUAUCUGAAGGGCACAGGUAUCAUUGCUGGCAUUGUACAAGGCACACAAGGCAGAAUGCCUAUUGCAGAGGCCAAAAGCAAGAAUCUUCUGAGCCCAGAGAGUGCAGUCAUGCUGCUGGAGGCUCAAGCUGCCACAGGACACAUUAUUGAUCCAAAGUUUAAUGAGAAAAUGUCAGUGGAUGCAGCUUGCUCAAGAGGUAUUGUGGACACAGAGGAUAGGGAUACACUGAUUACAGCUGAGGCUGCUAGCACAGGGUUCAAAGAUCCAUACAGUGGAAAGCUCUUGUCUGUGGGCCAGGCCUUCAAAAAAGGUCGUAUUUCCAAGGAGGUAGCACUUCGUCUUCUCCAAGCACAAGAGUCAGUGGGAGGUAUCCUGGAUCCGGUGUUGAGUGUUUUCUUACCUAAAGAUGUUGCUCUUGAUCGCAUGUUGAUUGAUGAAGACCUUUACCGUGCUCUGAACAAAAAACCUGCCUGCUAUUUGGAUCCAGCAACAGGAACGAUGCUUAGCUACAGUGACUUGAAGCAGAAGUGUCGCAUAGAAUCGGCAACUGGCUUGCUACUCCUCCCUGUACAGAAGACCUCUAUGACAGUGAAGGGCAUUCGUGGUGAGGUUUCAGUCUCAGAGCUCAGAGAUUCUAACCUGAUCAGUGACAAAGACAUGAUGGAUUUAAACCAGGGUAAAAUCACCACUCAAGACAUUGAGGACAAGUUGAAGACAUAUCUUCAUGGUUCAACCUGCAUUGCUGGAAUUUACGAUGAAGCCAACGACAGGGUCAUGCCCAUCUACCAGGCCAUGAAAGACGGGCUUCUUAUGCGUGGUACUACACUGGAGCUCCUUGAGGCCCAAGCAGCCUCUGGAUUCAUGAUUGACCCUGUCAACAAUGUAUUCAUGACAGUGGAUGAGGCAUGGAAGAGAGGUCUUGUGGGUAAGGAAUUCAAAGACAAGCUGCUUUCUGCUGAGAGGGCUGUCACAGGGUACAAGGAUCCACACACAGGGAAUAUCAUCUCACUCUUCCAGGCUAUUGACAAGGGCAUAAUUGAAAAGGGCCAUGGUAUUAGAUUGCUAGAGGCUCAGAUAGCCAGUGGUGGUCUCAUUGACCCUAAAGAGAGUCAUCGCAUUGAUGUGGAGGUUGCCUACAAGAGAGGCUAUUUUGACAAGGAAAUGAAUGAGGUUCUGUCUUAUGAUGGUGAUGACACAAAGGGUUUCUUUGAUCCCAACACCAAAGAAAACUUGACAUAUCUCCAGCUUAAGGAACGGUGCAUCACAGACUCCAAGACAGGUCUUAUUCUCCUGCCCCUGCAGGACAAAAGGAAACCAAAACAACAAACCACGCAAAAAAACACUGUCCGCAAAAGGAGAGUUGUGAUUGUAGACCCAGAUACAGGGAAAGAAAUGUCUGUGCGUGAAGCUUACCACAGGGAGCUUAUUGACUACGACACGUUUCUGGAGCUUUCUGAGCAAGAGUGUGAGUGGGAAGAGAUCUCUAUUACAGAUGGGGAAGGUAACACAAGACUAGUUGUGGUGGAUCGCAGGACUGGAAGCCAGUAUGACGUCCAGGACUCUCUUAACAAGGGUAUCAUUGACCAGAGUACCUUGGAGAAGUAUCGCACUGGAGCCCUGACGCUCAACCAGUUUGCUCAGGUCAUUAUGAGCAAAAGCGAAAAUGCAGAGCUUGCUAUCUGCUCCAGCAGCGCAGAGGAUGUGAUGACCUGCACUAGCCCUACACAGGUUGCUCCAUCUUCUCCAACUGUCCGCAAGCGCUUUGCCAGCGUCUCCAUCACGCUGUCCCCACCCACAGAUAUGUUUGAUGACCACAGCCCAGUGGGCGCUAUAUUUGACACGGAAACCUUGGAGAAGAUAACCAUCCCUGAAGCGCAGCGUCGCGGAAUAGUCGAUACUAUCACUGCCCAGCGGCUACUGGAAGCACAGGCCUGCACUGGAGGUAUUAUCAACCCUGCAAAUGGCCAGAGACUGUCCCUGGCAGACGCUGUACACCAGAGCAUCAUCGAUGAAGACAUGGCUGUCAAACUGAAACCAGCCCAGAAAGCCUACACUGGUUUUGAGGAUGUCAAGACCAGGAGGAGGAUGUCUGCUGCAGAGGCUAUGAGAGAGAAGUGGCUUCCCUAUGAAGCUGGGCAGAGGUUUCUAGAGUUCCAGUAUCUGACAGGGGGACUACUGGAGCCAGGAACAGGCAAGCGGGUGACCAUUGAAGAAGCCAUCCGGAGGGGUUGGCUGGAUGGUCGUGGUGCACAGAGGCUACAGGACACGAGGAGCUAUGCCAAAAACAUCACUUGUCCCAAGACCAAGCUGAAGAUCUCCUACAAAGAAGCCAUGGAUAACUGCAUGGUGGAGGAAGCCAAUGGAAUGAAGAUGCUCCAGGCCACCUCCAUGUCUACCAAAGGUAUUAGCAGCCCUUACAAUGUGUCCUCGGGCCCAAGCUCCCGAACAGGCUCCAGAGCUGGGUCUCGCACAGGCUCCAGAAGUGGCUCCCGAAGGGGAAGUGUUGAUUACUCAUCCUCAUUCAGUUAUAGCUAUUCGUCCAACACAUUCAGCAGCUUGUCUUAACUGUCAAAGCUAAAAUGGAUGAUUAUUGAGGCUAAUGCAAAUACAGUACUACAUGAUUUUUUACUUUUUUUCCCCCAUGUAUCUAUUUACAAGCAUUUAACACAAAUAGGUUUUGUCUGUGGGUUAUAUAUGGGAAAUUUUUAGUAUGCAGCUUAAAGAAUUUUAACAAAAAUGAAGUUGACAUUAAUGUGUUGAUGUUUCUUUGGAAUGCUGAAUGCAUCUAAAAAUAGUUUCAUGAUAUUUUUUAGUAUCAAAAAUCUGUUUAUUUUAUAAUUAAAACAUGAUUGUUCACAGGUUAGUACACUGCAAACCCUAAAAUCUCAGAACAAUGAUAACAGAUUUUAAUAAACACAUAUCUCAUUAAUCGUACAAUGCUUUUAUCCAUCUCAAAAAACUGCUGAUUUAGAUACAAGCUUGAUACAUGAUGCAACAGAGUACAAAUACAUGUCUUUUGGUUUAUAAUGCUGGGAAAUAUUUUUGUAUGCAUUUUUUUAAAUUUCUUGAAGAAUAAAAGUUACAGAUACUAUAAAA